GUCUGCCUCCAGGUCCUUGUGGAAUACAACAAUCAUGAAGAGGUUGUCUUGGGAGCUGUGCGAGUGUUGGGUAACCUCACAGGUAAUCAGGAAGUGCGGAAGUCAUUAGCACAUCUCGCAGUUUGGAGCAGCUAUCGAGCUGAAGAUGACCUCGAUCCGGGACUGGAUGGUGUUUUCAGCCUCUGCAGCCUACUAAUCGACUUGCUUAAUUCGAAUCGUUUGGACUCUGAAUACUGCACGCUUGGCGUUAUAACAAAUUUGAUGCUGGAACCGGAAUAUCGCGGGGCCUUUCGAGAUCUCCAUGGAUGUCAUAAGUAA